AUGGAGAAGCUGAGCGUCGAUUUGCAGCUUCAGCCGCCGCAUAUGACAAACACGAGUGAACCCACUCCAAGCAAGAAGCUAGGACGUGGAAAGGCAUGGAAGGAUGACGAAAGCGUCAACCUUGCACGAUCCGUCGGGAUGACAGGUUUUGACUCAAUCCACGGAGCCGACCAGAAGGCAGCACCGUACUGGUCCAAGAUUUACGUGGCGUUCGUAGAACUAAGCGGCAGUACCGAUCGUACGGAGAAGGCAAUUCGAAAUCAGUGGGGCAAGAUUCAGGCGCAGAUCAAUCUGUUUAUUGGCGUGCAUGCGACGAUCGUCGCAGUGGAACGUAGUGGAUGGGUGCCGGAUGACUACAUCAAUGCUUCAUUAGACCUGUACAAGCGCAUGCACUAG